AUGGAAGAGGAACAACUUCUCGACUACGAAGAAGAGCAAGAGGAGAUCCAAGACAAACAAGAAGUCGGCGGAGGUGAUGCCAAGAAAACCAAGGGUACCUACGCUUCGAUUCACAGCAGCGGUUUCCGUGACUUUCUUCUCAAGCCCGAAAUCUUGCGCGCCAUCGGCGAUUGCGGUUUCGAGCAUCCAUCAGAAGUGCAACACGAGUGCAUUCCUCAAGCCAUUCUUGGUAUGGACGUUGUGUGUCAAGCCAAAUCUGGUAUGGGUAAAACCGCCGUCUUUGUGAUCGCCACACUUCAACAAUUGGAACCAGUUGAUGGAGAGGUAAUUAGUUUUGAUUAAAUAUUUUAAUGAAAAAACUUCAACAAUGCCUUUCAGGUUUCCGUCGUUUGCAUGUGCCACACUCGUGAAUUGGCCUUCCAAAUCUCCAAAGAAUACGAGCGUUUCAGUAAAUAUUUACCAGGCAUCAAAGUCGCCGUCUUUUUCGGAGGUAUGCCGAUCAAGAAAGACGAAGAGCGACUCGCCAACGAUUGUCCACACAUUGUUGUCGGAACACCCGGUAGAAUGUUGGCUUUGGCCAAAUCCGGAAAAUUGAAGCUCGACAAGGUCAAGUAUUUCGUGCUCGAUGAAUGCGACAAAAUGAUUGGCGACGCCGAUAUGCGCCGCGAUGUUCAAGAAAUCGUCAAAUCCACACCACAAGAAAAACAAGUUAUGAUGUUCUCGGCGACACUUCCAAAAGAGCUCCGAAUUGUGUGCAAAAAAUUCAUGCAAGACGUACGAUUUAACUUAUAUUAUAAUUGUUGUUGUCCUUCUUCUCCUCGCACUCGAUAACCUCUCACUUUCGAUGUGUUUUUUUGACGCAAAAGGGUAUCUCUGAGUUUGGUAAGCGUUAAAAGUCGCUGAAAAUGGUGGAAUAUUGACCAUUUUUACAGAACCUAAUACUCAGAAGAAUAUCCCGAAACUACCCAACAACGCCGAAUUUCGGGGUCAAAGUUGUCUGGUCAAACACACCACGUUUGUGAGCAGGAACCCCGCUAUACCGAAAAUGUGGUAGUUUUCAAAUACCAAUUCAAUAUUUUUCAGCCAAUGGAGGUCUACGUCGAUGACGAGGCAAAAUUGACAUUGCACGGUCUUCAACAACACUACGUUAAGCUGAAGGAGGCUGAGAAGAACCGUAAAUUGUUGGAAUUGCUCGAUGCGCUCGAAUUCAAUCAAGUUGUUAUUUUUGUCAAAUCGGUUCGUCGUUGUGAAGCGCUUCAUCAAUUGUUGUCUGAGCAAAACUUCCCAUCGAUUGCUAUUCAUAGACAAAUGGCUCAAGAGGAACGACUUUCGAGAUAUCAAGCUUUCAAGGAUUUCCAGGUAAAAAUUUGUGAAAAUUCUGCAAUUUUUCAAAAAUCUCAACGAAUAUCGUUUCUAAUGGGGUGAUUCAUAAAAAUAUUGUCAUUCCGAAAAUAAAAGAACCCCCGUUUGAAUUGGCGGUCACGUACAGUAGACUAAAAAUGACGUGACACAUGCACAUCAAACUGGUUGGCAAAUAGCCAACGUCACACCUCGGCCAACAUCGUGGUUCCCAAAAAUAAAAAGUUUACGCUGAAGUUUUGAAUGAGAAAAUUGUGAAUUUACCGGAUCAGUAGAGAAUGUUUCAGUCAUAGAAAUAAAUUUGGACUCUAGAAAAUUCAAACUGAGCAAUUUUUAUCAAAACACUCUCUAGCUCAUUCUGUGAAAACCGUGGCCCACCACGGCUUGGCCGAGGUGUGGCCAACGUGUAAAUUUCGCAUUUUAUUUUUCAAAUAGACUCCAAAAUUUUGCGAAGUCUACUGUAGUCUUGGUGUCCUAGGCCAUUUCGGUUCUCUUCCAAGUUCUUAUUUUUUCGGAAUGACAAUAAAUUGACAAAAAAAGUGCGAUUAAUUUCACGUUUUUUGUCAAUUAAUCGCAUUUUUUCAGAAAUGAAUGCGAUUAAUUGACAAAAAACGUGAAAUUAAUCGCACUUUUUUUGUCAAUUUAUUUUUAUGAAUCACCCCAUAAAUUUAAAUCUUCCAGAAACGUAUCUUGGUCGCCACCGAUUUGUUCGGUCGUGGAAUGGACAUUGAACGUGUCAACAUUGUCUUCAACUACGAUAUGCCAGAAGAUUCGGACUCGUAUUUGCACAGAGUGGCUCGCGCCGGACGUUUCGGAACCAAAGGAUUGGCCGUCACUUUUGUCUCUGACGAAACCGACGCCAAAACUUUGAACAGUGUUCAAGAUCGAUUCGACAUCAGUAUCACCGAAUUGCCGGAGAAAAUUGAUGUUUCCACUUACAGUAAGUCUUGAGCUUCUUUUUCUUUUGUUGAAAAAAUACUCUAAAAUUUAUUUUUUUCAGUCGAAGGAAGAACCAACUAA